GACGCUGAUUCAUCUAUCGGCUCUGACGCAGAAAGUUCCACGGCUUCUGUCUCGGCCAGCAUUCUCGAAUAUCGUCGUGUACAGGGUCGCACGUACCAUGCCGACAAGUUUGUCAAUGAAUAUGCGUUUCCCAAUGACGACCAGCAGUUAGAGUCCAUCGACAUCUCCCACCACUCUCUCACUCUUCUCUUGGAUGGCCAGCUGUUUCUUGCACCUAUCAAAGAUAAUGUUCAGAAAGUACUGGAUGUUGGCACAGGAAGCGGCAUCUGGGCAAUUGACUUUGCCGAUCAGUACACAGGUGCCGAAGUCACUGGCACCGACCUCUCACCCUGCCAGCCAGAGUGGGUUCCUCCGAACGUACAAUUCGAGGUGGACGAUGCUACCGAGAGAUGGACCUGGGGAGACAAUCAUUUCGAUUUCAUUCAUAUCCGUUACCUCUUCGGCGCGAUUACUAACUGGCAUGCUCUUUUCAAGGAGGCCUACCGUUGUUGUGCCCCUGGCGGCUGGGUAGAGUCGUGCGAGGCUGACGUGCGUCUACUCAGCGAUGAUGGGACUGACGAACUGGAGCCUGUUCUGAAAGUCUGCGACAAGAUGUACGAAGAAGGCGGCAAGGCACUGGGCCGUCCGUUUUUUGUCGGCGAGCUACAGGUGGAAGGCCUUAAGGAGGCUGGCUUUGUCGACAUUAAGACGGUGGAUUACAAGAUGCCUAUCGGCAGCUGGCCAAAAGACCCUAAAAUGGCACAGGUGGGCCGCUUCGUCCAGCUAACAUUGGAGAAUGAUCUCGAGGGAUACUCCCUCCUUCUGUGGAACCAGGUCCUGAAGUGGCCAGAAGAUGAGUUCCAGGUGUUUCUCAUGCAGACGCGCAAGGCAAUCCGCAACCGCAAGGUUCACAGUUACUUCAAGGUGCGGUACGUCUACGGUCGUAAGCCUGAGUAG